AUGGCGCUCACUCAGGCCGAGCCCCGCCUGGCUCCCCUGCCCACCGCCUUUGAGGUCGAGGUCUGUGACGUGCAGAGGCGCCACCAGAAGCGCCGCCAGACCCACCCCGGGUACACGCCCCACCACCUCUUGGCUUCCUUGGCGCCUCAGAGCUCGCAGGGCGCUGGGCAUGCUGACGACCUCUGCCAGCCGCAGGAAAAGGACGCCAGCUCGGACAACUCGACGCGGUCGACGCUGCCAUUGUUGGGCUUCGAGUUCGACGACUCGGCCUCCGCGCACGAGGACGGCGCCUCGGAGGCCCCGAACAGCCCGAGGGAGCGCCCCCCGGAGCUGUACCCGGACACCGACAGCGAGUUCGGCGACUACACCGCCGUCCGUGCCACCUGGCGCAAGGCCAAGGUGGCGCCGCCGCCGUCGGGCAGCGCCGCGGCGGCGGGCGGCGCGGCUCGGGCGGGCGAAGGCUCCGAGGAGCCGCCGCGCCCGGCCGGCGAGGGCCAGCCGCCAGGCUCGACGGCUGCCGUGAGGCCUCGCAGGUGCCGCGGUCGAAAGGCACGGCUCGUCCAGGCCAGCAUGGUCAAGGUUCUUUCUACAGGAGGACAUCGAGAAAAUCACCACGGUGAUGCUGCGCAAUCUGCCGGCCAGGUGCAAAACUGA